AUGUCUUCUCAGACUGUUGUUCUCAAAGUAGCAAUGUCAUGCCAAGGAUGUUCUGGAGCAGUCAAGAGGGUUUUGGAAAAAUUGCAAGGUGUUGAUUCAUUUGACAUCGAUAUGAAAGAACAAAAGGUGACUGUGAAAGGAAAUGUAAAGCCAGAGGAAGUUUACGAGACUGUCUCUAAAACUGGAAAGAAGACUGCAUUCUGGGUGGAGCCUGAAAACAAGCCCACAGAAACUGCUGCAAUAACUGAGACUGAACCGUCUUCACAAGAUGCAACUAUUCUCUCUGCUGAGCCUGAGAACAAGCCUUCAGAAACUGCAACACUGGUCUCUGCUGAGGCUGAGAACAAGCCUGCAGAAACUGCCACUCUUGCUGCCUAA